GAAGAAACUUGUGGGUCGUGCGAUCGAACGAUUACAGCGCUGCGUUAUACCACGCAGACACAGCAACCACUCGCUCAGUAUUAUAGUGCGCUUGGAGCGUGAGCUCCGUCAGAACAUUUUCAGUCAUUAAGAUAACAAGCUAAGGCGAAUUAACAAUGGCAAUGGAGAUUCAAAUAUUGACUGCGAAGUCGUCGAAAUACUUGGCUAAUGUAAACGUAAAACCAAGUACAACGAUAAAAGAAAUUAAAGAAGAAUUGUUAAAAACAAUGAAAGCACCAUCCCUUGAAAGACAAUGCUUGCGACUUGAUGUUAAAGGAAAAGUUUUAUCAGAUUCAGAAACAUUACAAAGUUUAAACAUUACUGAUGGUACAAAGCUAUACUAUAAAGACCUUGGGCCUCAAAUAAGUUGGAAAACUGUAUUCCUAGUAGAAUAUGCUGGUCCAUUGUUCCUGUAUCUAUGGAUAUAUCAACGUCCAUGGAUCUUUUAUGGAAGUAUCGAUACAUCCAAAUAUGAUACAGCUGUCCAUGUGGCAGCCAUUUGUUGGGCAGUGCAUUAUGCGAAACGGCUUUACGAAACAUUAUUCGUGCAUCGUUUUAGCCAUGCAACAAUGCCAUUCCGCAAUCUUUUUAAAAACUGUUCGUACUAUUGGUUGUUUGCCAUGUAUGUGGCUUAUCAUGUAAAUCAUCCUUUGUAUACAGCACCAAGCUGUCUUAAGUUUUGUACUGGUCUGACAUUAUUUACACUAUGUGAACUGGGUAAUCUGAGCACUCAUUUAGCUCUAAGAAAUCUAAGACCACCAGGAACUACUGUCAGAAAGAUACCUGUAGCCACUGAUAAUCCUUUCACUGUACUGUUCAACUUUGUGUCCUGCCCAAACUAUACUUACGAAAUUGGUAGUUGGAUUGGUUUCACCAUCAUGACUUCGUGUCUUUCAGCUGCUGUGUUCACUGCUGCUGGUGCAUAUCAAAUGACUGUCUGGGCAUUAGGAAAGCACAAAGCAUAUAAGAAGGAAUUUUCCCAGUAUCCAAAAAGUCGGAAAGCUGUUUUCCCAUUUAUUUUGUAAAUGUAUCAUUAAUGUACAUACAUUCAUCUCAAUCUAGGGGCACGAUAUUGGUAAUUAUAACUAAUCGUGUUUCUAGAUUUCAUUUUGUUACCAAUAUUUUUAUUCUUUAAAUAAAUAAUGUACCACCGGAA